AUGGCAGGACCCGAAUCAAGCAAGCUGCCCGGCGAGGCAGAGAAGAGUCCGAGUGUCCUUACCGACAACAAGGGCCAAGCUCUUGUUCCCACUAUCGUACCGCCCGAGACGCAGUUUCCCAGCCACGGCAUCGACCAAGACGAGUCACAUUCGGUAUACCAGACCCCCGCCACCGCUCCGCUCCGAAGCAGCGACAAGGAAGAAGGUUACUUUGCAGGACAACCGCAACAAAGCAAUGGCCUCGACCGUGACAUUGAAAGGGUCGACCACGCAGAGACGCCGGCCCACGUCUCCAAACCGACCAACACACAAUCGCUACCAGCUGCCGAUCGUCCUAGUCUUGAGAGAUCAUGGCAAACCGAGAGGCCGAAGGCCAUGCCUCGCAGUGCCACCAUUAUGAAUGCUCUUCAGCGAAGCACCUCCCACGCCCACCCAAGUCAGCCUACCCACACCGACCAAUCUGAGUCGUCAUCGUCCUCCUCGGCAAGCGAACCGGAAGCAUCCCAGCAAGCGGCCAAACAAAAACGACGAAAGACGCAAAGAGAGCAAUCCUACACUAAACUCAACGUUGGCAACGACCAGAACCAAGGGAACGGUAAAGCCUCUAAGCGUGAUGGCAGACUGAACAUAUCUGUCAGCGAGACUGCUGGCAAUGGGUACAUAGCGAAGACCUUCGGACAAACAAUUCAAAACCACCUUGGAGUACCACACAAACAUGCCUCGAGAGAUGAGCAAGCCUCCGACUCGAGCGAUGAAGACCACCACAUCAAAACCGACAACGAGUCUGAAGACGACUUCUCUGACGACGCCGCUUCCAUCGCAUCUUCGUUCCACGAAACUAUCAAAAGGCCGCGUCUGAAUAUCGUCAUAAUGGUCAUUGGUAGUCGAGGUGACAUCCAGCCCUUCCUUCAGAUUGCCCGCAUACUCAAACGCUACGGACAUCGAGUACGAGUUGCGACGCAUCCAGCCUUCAAAGACUUCAUUGAGAAAGAUGUUGGUCUCGAGUUCUUCAGCAUUGGCGGCGAUCCUUCGGAACUUAUGGCUUUUAUGGUCAAGAACCCGGGCCUCAUCCCCAGCCUUGAGACUGUCAGGCAAGGUGAAAUUGCUCGCCGCAGAAAGGGCAUGGCCGAGAUUUUUGAGGGACUUUGGCGAGCUUGUGUCAACGCUACAGACGACGAGCAUGACAAGGCCAACAUGAAGAUGUUGGGAACCAAAGCGCCCUUUGUCGCAGAUGCCAUUAUCGCAAAUCCUCCUUCUUUCGCCCACGUUCACAUUGCAGAACGUCUUGGUAUUCCUCUACAUAUCAUGUUCACCUUUCCCUACUCACCAACGCAAUCGUUUCCUCACCCGCUAGCCAACAUCAGUCCACAGAAAAGCAACACCAGCGUUGAAUACGUCAACUGUCUUGGUGACCUCGUCAACAGGUUCCGUGUCAAGACCCUUGGCCUGGAGCCCGUAAGCAGUCUGUGGGCGCCCGGUGCACUUUACCGGAUGAAAGUGCCUUACACAUAUCUCUGGAGUCCAGGGCUUGUGCCCAAGCCAAAGGAUUGGGGUCCGGAGAUUGACAUCGCCGGCUACGUCUUCCUCGACCUUGCGAGCGACUAUGAUCCACCGAAAGAUCUGACAGAUUUUCUGGACGCAGGAGAGCCCCCUAUCUACAUUGGGUUUGGAAGUAUCGUCGUUGAUGACCCAGAUAAGUUUACUCAGAUGAUUUUUGAUGCUGUCAAGAUAGCUGGUGUCAGAGCGCUGGUCUCCAAAGGCUGGGGUGGCCUUGGAGGUGACAAUACUCCUGACAACAUCUUUAUGCUAGAGAACACGCCUCACGAUUGGUUAUUCCCACGCGUCAAAGCUGUUGUCCACCAUGGUGGUGCUGGUACAGCGGCUGCUGGCUUGAGAGCUGGANAAGGUAUACGCCUCUCUUUGCUUAACUAUGAGCUCACGCUGACCUUAUUGAUACAGCCGACCAUGAUUGUACCCUUUUUCGGAGAUCAACCUUUCUGGGGUGCCAUGGUGUCAAAAGCCAAGGCUGGUGCUCACGAAGCAAUUCCUUACAAGAAGCUGGAUGCAGAGAAACUUGCAGAAGGAAUCAAGCAGUGUCUCACGGAUGAUGCGCGUAAGAAUGCAGAGGAAAUCGCCGAAAGCAUUGCCGCAGAAGGUGACGGUGCAGAGAAUGCAGUCAAGAGCUUCCACCGCAGUUUACCCUUCGCAGGGAAGCGUAGCAUGAGAUGCUCUAUACUGGAAGACAGAGUGGCCGUCUGGAAGAUGAAGUCUUCAAACCUUAGAUUAAGUGCACUAGCAGCGGAUAUCCUGGUCGAACAGAAGAAACUGUCCUGGAAGGAGCUUCGUCUACUACGGCACUACGAAUGGAACGACUUCGAUGGUCCUGGAGAGCCGAUUUCGGGAGCAGGCGGUGCACUAAUAAAGACAGGUGCCGGAAUUGCAAGAGGAGUCGGAAUGGUGCCCACUAGCGUUGCAAAGAAUCUCAAGAAGCGAGACGAACGCGAGAAGAAAAAGCAGGAAAGAGCGGAGAGGAAGGAGCAGAAGAGGCUUUUGAAGGAAGCUGCGAAAGGCAAGAAGGGUCCCGAAGGAGAAGAGGUCCCACAACGGCCUCCUGGUCCCAGACAGACCUCUACAAACAACACUCUUGGAUCUGUCCUAUCUGCAGAGGAAGAGCCGCUUGCUCAGGAGCUGGCGGAAGAGUUCGGUGAUGCAUUUUUGGAAUCUGGUGGCGCGCUCGCAAGCAUGCCACUGGAUCUGGGUCUGGCUAUCGGUCAGGGAUUCCACAACGCACCGCGCCUAUACGGAGAUGCCUCUGUGCGCAAGCCUAUCCGCAUCACUGGAAUGCACUCGGGCUCACGCGCUGCAGGACAAGAGCUGUUCUACGGUAUAUACGACGGCUGGACAGGCUUGGUGACACAACCGAUGCACGGAUGGCAAGACGGCAAGACCAAGACCAACAAAUUCACUGGUCUAGGCAUCGGCUGUGCUCGAGGCAUUGGCGGGUUUGUCCUCAAGGACAUCUCUGCAAUCAUCACACCUCCAUUCUUCCUCGCGCAAGGCGUGCGGAAGGAGAUCACCAAACGCAUGGGCGGUCCUGGAACCACGUCUUUCAUCCGCAGAGCCCACAUCAUUCAAGGACAAAAGGACAUGCAGGCUCUGCGCGAGUCUGACAAUAAAACCAAGAACAAUAACAUGUCAGAAACCGAGAUGAUGGUGAGCGAAGGCUGGAAGAUCAUGAAAGAAGCCUGGGACGUCAAAAAGAGACAUGAACGUCACCAUGGAGGUAGAAUCCGCGGUAGACUAAGUGUGUCAAGAGAGGAGAAGAAAUGGGAGGACAAUGGAGCUCUGGAGAACGUCAGCGCAACCAGACGAGCGAUUGAGGCCACCAAGGAAGGAAAGGACAUUGAAAAGGUCUUCAGUCAACGCAGGAAAGAGAUGCGUCUCGCCGAGCAACCAAGGGCAAGUGCAAUGGAUCAGCCCGACGACUACGAACACUCAGAUGCCAUCGCACCGAAUGGCCAGACCAAGGGCCGCAAGGAGAUGCACCAUCAAUCAAUGCAGGGCAAUCGCCAACAAAGAGGAGGAAAUGAGGCAGGACCUGCAGAGACGGGCGCAAUCGAUGCGAGUGGAGAAUCCGAAAACACAAGAGCUCAAGCCGAGAAGCAGAGUAUCGGUAGCGACGCAGCAGUCGAGUCGUCGCAGAACAGCACGACUAGCAACAAGAUUGGAGGCAAAGGCAUUGAUCGUAUGAACAAGGCUACAGAGGAGAUGGAUGGUGGAUGGGGUCCAAAUGCCGAUCGCCAGCACACGCCUAAGCAGGCUAUGGCAGGGUAG